AUGGAAAAAUUCCAAGACGAAAGUUUAUUUGAAAGCUAUGUGAUAAUAGAUGGCCGUAAGUUCAUUAGCCAUGGAGCAACUUAUCCAUUCCCAAGCGAUGAAAUAGAGGCUAAUCGAUUGAAUAAUAGACAUUUUCGAAUAAGAUGGAUUUGGAAAGAGAAUUUUGCAGCGCCAAUUAAAGAAAAAUUAGCUGCUGAUAAAAUGACAGUUCUUGACAUUGGGUGUGGCACAGGUGCAUGGAUAGUUGAUAUGGCAAAAGAAUACCCACGAUCAUCUUUUGUCGGCGUGGAUUUGAUAAAUUUAUUCCCAGGGGAAGAGGAAACAAAAAAAAAUCUUUUAUUUUUGCAAAUGAACGUGUUAGAUCGACUUCCUUUCGAUGAUGGCUCUUUUGAUUUUGUUCAUCAACGUGAUUUAAUGCACGCCUAUACAGAGACACAGUGGCAAACUAUUGUGAUUCCUGAGAUUGCGCGAGUUACAAAGAGCGGUGGGUAUUGUGAGUUUUAUGAAGAAAGUGACAAGUGGGAAGAUCAAGGUCCUAUUUACGAAAAUAUCUCAAAUACAUUUUCUUGCAUAAUGGCCACUAAGGGGGUCAAUUCAUCAAUAGCCACACGCAUUGAAGAGUUCCUCAAGGAGAAUGGACAAUUUACCGAUAUUAAAGUCCUCGUUGAACGAAUGCCUGUUGGUAGUUAUGCUGGUAGAAUUGCGGAAUUGACCCUUGAAAAUACUCUGAAUGAAUUAGCUGGACUGAAACCAAUACUGAAAGCUCCGCUCGGAGUAACGGAUCAAGAAUUCGACAAUAUGAUCGGAGAGCUACGUAAAGAAUGCGAUGAGUGCAAGACAUGGUUUAAGGCUUAUAGGUAUUAA